CGGAGCCAAGUUCUAUUAUUCAAGAAGAACAAAAAAAGAAAUCAAUUUUAACAAUAGAUGAAUUAUUAAAAUGGUUAUCAAAACCAGGAAUUAAAAAUAAUAAAAAGAUUAGGUCAAAACCUAUACUAAAGACAGACGAAGAAUGGUUUGAUUUAUUGGAGUCAAAUGAUGACAAUAAAGCGGAUGAAGAUCCAGAUAUUUAUUUCAAGAAAAUUGUAAAUCCAUAUAUUAAUAGAAUAUCAGAAGCUGAAAAAUUUAAUAAAGGUGAA